GGAUGGAGGAUCUCCCUCACUUGAGAACUCUUUCCCUUUCUCUUACAAAGAAUAAAAUUGCAGAAGAGAACUUCCGAUUUCAAGGCUUUCUGUUUCCUUCAAUGAUUGAAUCUCAUAGUGAGAGAGAGAGAGAGAAGAGAGAGCUCCCUUCAGUCUCAUUCAAAUUCCAAAAAGAAGCCUCUGUUAUUCCAACUUCACUGGGCUUUUGUUUUGAAUCUUUUAUGGCGGGAAUAGCCGAAUUGGAGGGAACAGACGGCAGAUUCUGAGAUUCUGGGAAGUGGGUUUUGUUCCUUGAUGGCUGCUAGUACAAAUCCAUCUGGGAAUCAAGAAGGGAGCCACGGUGCUUUGGCUUCCAAUGGUGUCGGUGCAGCCGGGAAUCCUAGUAAUAGCAAUUCGGGGGCGUGUGCUGUGGAGAAUUCGAGGCCGGAGCAGGCGUUGAAGCACAACCCGGGUAUUGCGGCGAAGUGGUCAUCAGAGGAGCAGUCGAUCUUGGAAGAAGGGCUUACCAAAUAUGCCUCAGACUCAAACAUAGUUCGCUAUGCGAAAAUUGCACUGCAGUUACAUGAAAAGACAGUUCGGGAUGUGGCCCUGCGGUGCAGAUGGAUGACUAAAAAGGAAAUUGGCAAGAGAAGGAAAGAUGAUCUGACAAGGAAAAACAAAGAUAGAAAGGAAAAAAUGAUGGAUCCUUCUGCUAGACCAUCAACUCACUUGGCAUCACGGCCCAAUGUUGCUCCAUAUUCAUUACCAAUGCUCCCUAUGGACAACAAUGAUGGCAUUUCAUUUGAAGCGAUAGGAGGUGCAACAGGGAAGCUGCUGGAGCAAAAUGCCCAGAUGUUCGAUCAAAUAUCUGUGAAUCUUGCAGCUCUUAAGAUACAGGAAAACAUCAAUCUCCUCUGCCAGACUCGGGACAAUAUCCUCACAAUCAUGAAUGACUUGAAGGACACGAGCGGGGUAAUGAAGCAGAUGCCGCCACUCCCAGUGAAGGUGAACGAAGAGCUAGCCAACUCCAUUCUCCCCAGGACAACCUUGCCUACAAAUCCUGAGCCUGCAAACCGCUGCAUGUGAGGUUUCCAUCUCUCCAGUUUGGCAACCCCCACACAUGGAAUCUAAGCCGUUGAUUGAAUUAACCAGGUCCAUUUCUAGAUGAAAAUAUAAUCUAAUUUCCACUUCUCUCCUUCUUUCAUUCAUUUUAUCAUUCUAAAAAGAGCUCUUUGCUUCCUAAUUGAUUACAAAAAAUUACCUUUUGUGACCUUUUUGUUGAAGAUAUAGAGAUAUCAGAAGGAUUUACAUAGGCUGUUUGAGUAGACUUGCUUCUUUGAAUGGAGUACAUAUGAUGGUUUUCUACCAAAAACUCCUUCCAAUGUCCAUUGGUAGUGGCCAGGGAUUUUUUCCCUAGUUAUUGUUUCCA